GUCUAGAUGAAGAAAAGGUGGUCAAGCCAGGAAUAAUCGUAAGAAUUGGUGGAUAUCAAAGCCGUCAAAAUAGGGCAAAACGGUUUGAUUUACCAAUUCAAGCAGAGGGUAUGAAGGAGAAAGCGAGAGAGAAUGAGCGGCGGCGGCGGCAAUAGCAACGAAGGAACCCUCGUCUGCGUUACUGGUGCCAAUGGCUACAUCGCUUCCUGGCUCGUCAAGCUCCUCCUGCAUCGAGGUUACAGGGUCAGGGCCACUGUUCGCGACCCAAGUGAUCCAAGAAAGGUAGACCAUUUGCAAAAACUUGAUGGUGCAAAGGAGAGACUUAACCUGGUUAAAGCAAAUCUUCUAGAAGAAGGUUCCUAUGACCAGAUUGUUGCGGGUUGUAAGGGGGUCUUCCAUACUGCAUCCCCCUUUUAUCAUAAUGUCGCAGACCCACAGACUGAACUAAUUGACCCAGCGGUCAAGGGAACUCUCAAUGUUCUUAAAUCAUGUGCAAAAUCUCCAUCUGUGAAACGAAUUGUUUUAACAUCGUCUAUGGCUGCAGUUACAUACACUGGAAAGCCAAGAAACCCUGAAGAUAUUGUUGAUGAGACAUGGUUUUCGAAUCCUGAUUUCUGUAGGGAAUCUAAGCUCUGGUAUGUACUUUCCAAGACUUUAGCUGAAGAUGCUGCCUGGAAAUUUGUAGAAAAAAACAACAUGGACAUGGUUUCUAUCAACCCAGGAAUGGUAAUAGGGCCACUCUUGCAACCUACGCUUAAUGCAAGUGCUGCUGCAAUUUUAAACCUAAUAAAUGGUGCACAAACAUUUCCAAAUUUUACUUUAGAAUGGAUCAACGUAAAAGAUGUUGCAAAUGCCCACAUUCAAGCAUUUGAGGUUCCUUUAGCUAAUGGAAGAUAUUGUUUGGUUGAGACAGUCGCACACUACGCAGAUGUCGUAAAGAUUUUGCAUGAACUGUACCCAAAGUUCAAACUUCCAGCGAGGUGUGUAGAUGCUAAACCUUUGAUGCCAAAGCAUAAGAUUUCGAAAGAGAAGGCAAAGAGUUUGGGAAUUGAAUUUAUUCCUUUGGAUGUGAGUCUCAAGGAGACUGUGGAAAGUUUGAAGAAGAAGAGAUUUGUUAAGUUCUAAUCCAAUUCUUUAAUGAUUAAAUGUUGAUGACCUCAACAAGCUUCAAGUUGGAGGUCCCAUGUAGAAUAAAUUAUGAAACAAGGAAGCAGGAAAUAAGUCUCAAGUCUAUGAUGCUGUGAGGCAGAAAAUAAGCCUUGAAUUGUUACAAAAGGAUUAUCAAACAAUAAAGAUUUUAGAAGUGUUAUACGCACACGGACCCGCGCAUGUAUUUCUGUAUGACAUGAUAGAGGAGAGCAGUGUGUCUAAUGCAUUUUAAUCAUCUUAUUGAAACAAACAAGAAAGAUCUCAAGAAUUAGAGGAAAUUGAA